UGCAACAAUUUAAAAAAAAAAAUAGUAAUAAAAAAAAUAUCUUUGUCUAAAUUAGGGAAAGCAAUUGAAAUGUGGUGUUAAUUUGCAGAGUUUUCCACGUGGACUGAUCAUUUUUGUUAAUAAAUAUAAUAAUAAAUGUAUAAAAUUCGUCAAAAAGACAAAAACAAUGGCUGACUGGCAGCUCUCUUCUCAGCUUUUUUUUCUUUCUUUUUUUAUAGAAGGCAGCCCUAUUUGAUGGUUGACCUUAAUUAAUCUCUGUUACAUUUUGCAUUUUCUGGGUAGAGAUUGUUAAAGCAUCCUCAAAACCCACUUAAAUUCAUUGUUUAAACCAAGGCAACCUUCUUAAUCAGAGUCCUCAUUGCUCGUAUCAAAAUCACUUAAAGCAAAACAUAAUUAGUAGUAGGACUUAUGAGUACCGGGCCGAACAAAUCCAAUUUCGAUGGCUCCGAAAAUUCGUUGCCUCAAGAAUUACAGCAGGAAAUGAUUAAUGAGGUGAGAAAGUUAAUCGGGCCGCAAUCUGGAAAAUUGGCAGUGUAUUGUACCGAUGCAUCGAUUGCACGGUACUUGAGAGCACGAAACUGGCACGUCAAAAAGGCUGUUAAAAUGCUUAAUGCAACUCUGAAAUGGAGAACGGACUACAAGCCUGAUGAAAUACGUUGGGACGAUAUUGCAAUGGAAGCAGAAACGGGAAAGAUUUAUAGAUCCAAUUACAAAGAUAAAUAUGGAAGGCCUGUUCUCGUCAUGCGACCUAGCUGCCAGAACUCGAAGUCGAUAAAAGGGCAAAUUAAGUAUUUGGUUUAUUGCAUGGAGAAUGCAAUUUUAAAUCUGCCAGAAAGCCAAGAGCAAAUGGUGUGGUUGAUCGAUUUCCACGGUUUCAAUUUGUCGCAUAUAUCAAUUAAAGUAACACGAGAAACGGCUCAUGUGCUGCAAGAGCAUUAUCCAGAGAGGCUAGGCAUUGCAAUCCUGUACAAUCCACCUAAAAUAUUCGAACCGUUUUAUAUGUUAGGCAGGCCGUUUCUAGAGGCUAAAACGGCCAACAAAGUGAAAUUCGCUUACUCGGAUGAUGUCAACACAACCAAGAUGAUGUCAGAAUUGUUCGACAUGGAAUUUGUGGAAUCUGCAUUUGGCGGAAAAGACAUUGCCGAUUUUGAUAUCGAAAAGUACGCUGAGAGAAUGAGAGAGGACGAUAAAAAGACCCCACAAUUUUGGAAAAACGGUUAUAUUACUGAAUCGCCACUGCCUUUAGAAAAAUCGAACUCAGAUGCGGAUUCAGAUGAACAAGCAAAGAGGGCUGAGGAGAACGAAGAAGAACAACAAGAUGACGAUGCCACGUCAUCUGUCGAGUCUCUGUCUGUCAAAAACUAACUUCUUGAAAAAAAAUGUUUUUUUCUUCUUUUCUUUUAUGAAUUUCGAAAUAAUGAAUUGUUUCAUUGUGAAAUUUCUGUCUAUUGUAUGCUUAAUAUUAAAUGUAUUUUUAAUUAGCUGGAACCAUUUGAGAAGAGUUAAUAAUUGAGUUUUUACUCUGCCGAUGAAUUGAUCGUUAUCGA